CGUAUAAAUACUCGCUUUGGCUUGAUAUAAUUCAGCAGUCUUGUGCAAUAUACUAGAACAUCAACAUGACAUCUGUCAUACUGUCAUUAUUUUUCCUUUUCUCUGUCGGAUGUGUUUCUGUUGAGCAGAAAGCUGCCUGGGUGGAUAUCUGUGCUAACGGGUUUACUGUCCCCUAUGAAUGCUGUCAUAGAAGUCCGGUUGACGUAGACACUGGUGUAAUAACUACUGAUGAAGGAAUGGAGGGGCAUCAAUACUCUAUAGAUAUCACUACUCCCAGAGAUUACGACGAUGCACGCUUUAGCUGCUUGAUUAAUAACUUUGGAGAUUCUACUCAUGGAUAUCAGCUCGCAACCUUUGAAACUAGGAAGGAGAACUAUUGCCUAGCCAAGUAUAUCAACAAGAUGUAUCCAACCACGAACUUUGGCUUCUACAUUGGACUUGAAGCAGAAACAUCCGAGUAUCUAAAAAAUGCUUUUCUCUGGGACGCACCAAUGCUCUCUCAACUUGCAGCAAAUCCCGAUGCUAAUGUUCCAACAUUUACUAACUGGGCUUAUAAUGCUCCUAAUGGACUGGAUUGUGUAAAAAUGAACACUGGUUCAUCACUGGCAACAAAUGGACUCUGGAAUGAUGUAGCAUGUUCCACUCUUCUUUUCUCCAUCUGUGAACGUUAUCUCAAAUGAAGCAGCCUUAAUUGAAUUUUGAUUUGCCAUUUAAUUUGGACCAAUAAAUGCAUAUAAAAUAUUU